AUGGCGAGCUUCGGUGCUGGGAAUCCUUAUGGGGACCCGAACUGGUACAACGGAGCCUACCACAGCCCCUACUACAAGGAGACGCACAAGGCGUGGCGCGCCAGGUGUCGGAGCUUCGUGGAAGAGCACAUCAUGCCCUUCGUGAGCGAGUGGGAGGUGAACAAGGCCGUGCCCCGGGAGACGUACGUGAAGUGUGCAGAGGCUGGUCUGCUGCCAGUGGUGGUGGGGGCCCAUUCGGGUGCCUUCGAUCUUGUGCCCAAGGAGGCCCCACAGGACUUGGACUACUUCCAUGAGCUCAUCUUCGUGGACGAGCUUGCAAGGUGCGGCAGCGGAGGCGUCUUGUGGGGCCUCAUCGAGGGGCUCCAGAUUGGCUUGCCGCCCGUGCUGAACUUCGGCACGGAGGAGAUGAAGAAGCGCGUGGCGCCGGACUGCCUCAUGGGGCGGAAGAUCAUCUCUUUGAACAUCACAGAGCCAUCCGCUGGCAGCGACGUGGCAGCCAUCAAGACCACCGCCGUCCGAGAGGGGGAUUUCUACAUCGUGAACGGCAACAAGAAGUGGAUCACCAAUGGGAUCUUCUCGGACUACUUCACGUGCGCUGUGCGGACGGGUGGACAGGGGAUGCGAGGGGUGUCGAUGCUGUUGCUCGAGAAGGAUUCUAUGCCAGGGAUCACGACCAAGAGGAUGGACUGCCAGGGCGUCUGGCCCAGCGGCACGACUUAUGUAGAGUUCGAUCAGGUCAAAGUUCCCGUGGCCAACUUGAUCGGCAAGGAAAACGAGGGCUUCGGUGUCAUCAUGAAGAACUUCAACCAUGAGCGCUGGGGCUUCGUGGUUCAGGCGACUCGCUUUAGCCGCGUGCUCCUGGAAGACUCCUGGAACUUUGCAAACAAGCGAAGCACCUUUGGGAAGAAGCUCGUGGAGCACCCGGUGAUACGCUGGAAGUUGGCCGAGAUGACCCGUCAGGUAGAGGGAAUCCACCACUGGCUGGAGAACAUGACUUUCCAGCUCUGCCAGAUGCCCAAGGACCAAGCGAUGACCACGCUGGGCGGACCCAUCGCGCUGAUGAAGGCACACUCCUCGAAGAUCUUCGAGUACUGCGCACGCGAGGCGCGGCAAAUCUUCGGGGGCAAUGCCUACACGCGGAGCGGUCUCGGAGAGAGAGCCGAGCGACUGUACCGCGACGUCGGCGCCUACGCCAUCCCCGGGGGCAGCGAGGAGAUUUUGCUGGACCUGGCCAUCCGCCAGGUGCUGGCUGGCCAGGCAGCGAUCCUCUCCGAGCUUCGGAGCCUGCAUGAGUACUGGAAGCAGCAGCUGGGAGCGGCGCAAGGCAGCGAUCGUUCGGCUUCGCCCGCGGCGGCUUCGCCCGCGGCGAAAGAGCUCUCGAAUGUCGGGCGGGAGGAAGCGGUCGAACGAAGACUCUCCGAGGGCCUCCAGGACUUCACCGACUCCAUCGUCCAGAGCAUCGAAGGACUGAGCUCCAAGCUGGUCUUCGAAGUCCCGGCGCGACCUGGGCCCCAGCCCAAGCCGCGAACUCAGAGCGACCAGCCGCGGACCACGGAGUUUCAUUCCGCCAACCUCAACUUAGGACGACUGCGUCUGAGAGAAGCGUGCGCUUCGCUCCGGAGCCGUCGCUGCCUUUUUUUGCUUUGUCUGCCGAUGGCCAUGGCCAUGGCGAUACUUCGGCGCAUGCCGCUCCCGGGCUGA